AUGGAACUUAUUACUCGAAGACCUCUUUUCCCGGGAGCGGAUGAAAUCUCCCAGCUUGAAAAGAUAUUUGAAUUAAUGGGAAAGCCAACAUGUCAAGAAUGGCCGUCUAUAAUAGAUUUGCCAUGGUAUGUGGCACUUCAAUUUCCCGAAUUUUUGAAGCCAAAAUUCAGAGAAAUAUAUUCAAA